CUCUGGCUAACUUGACAGUUGUCUCAAGAAGAAGGAAGCUCUGAAAUUUGACAGCACAUAGCUAAGCCACAUGAGGAGAUGAGUGUCCCAGACUACAUGCAAUGUGCUGAGGACCACCAAACAGUGCUGGUGGUGGUCCAGCCGGUCGGGAUCGUCCCAGAGGACCAGUUCUUCAAGAUUUACAAGCGCAUUGCCAGCGUGAGCCAGGUGAGCAUCAGGGACUCGCAGCGCCUCCUCUAUAUCCGCUACCGCCACCACUACCUGCCUGAAAACAACGAGUGGGGCGACUUCCAGACGCAUCGCAAGGUAGUUGGCCUCAUCGCGGUCACAACCUGUGGCUCGUCCAAGGAAUGGCCCCAGACUUCUGAGCGCUUCCACGGCCAGAAGGAGGUGUACGGCUCUACACUCUAUGACUCCCGUCUGCUGGUGUUCGGCCUCCAGGGAGAGAUCGCGGAGCAGCAGCGCACAGAUGUGGCCUUUUACCUCAACUUUGACGAGUGCCCUGAUGUGGAGAAAAGGGUGGAGGACUUUGUGGAGUCCAUAUUUAUUGUUCUGGAGUCCAAGCGGCUGGACCGGGCCACAGACAAGUCUGGUGACAAGAUCCCACUGCUCUGUGUGCCUUUUGAGAAGAAGGACUUUGUGGGUCUGGACACUGACAGCAGUCCUGUGAGUUUAUUGUUGGGUGUGAAAAGGCAUUAUAAGAAGCGUUGCCAGGGACGGAUGAGAAAGCAUGUUGGAGACUUGUGUCUCCAGGCAGGCAUGCUGCAGGACGCCCUGGUCCACUACCACAUGGCCGUGGAGCUGCUGAGGGGGGUUAAUGACUUCCUUUGGCUGGGUGCUGCUUUAGAGGGUUUGUGUUCAGCCUCCGUCAUUUUCCACUACCCUGGAGGCACAGCAGGGAAGACAGCAGGACGCAAACCAAACAUCUCUCAGCCAGCAGACGCAGGGAAACGCCACAGACCAGGGGCUCAGGAGGUUCUCAUUGACCCAGGUGCCCUCACAUCCAAUGGUAUUAGUGCAGACACCAGCACGGAGAUUGGACGAGCCAAGAACUGCCUGAGUCCUGAGGACAUUAUAGAGAAAUACAAAGAGGCCAUCUCAUACUAUGGCAAGUAUAAGAAUGCAGGUGUGAUAGAGCUGGAGGCCUGCGUGAAGGCAGUCAGGGUGCUGGCCAUUCAGAAGAGAGCCAUGGAGGCCUCUGAGUUCCUUCAGAACGCCGUCUAUAUCAACCUGGGACAGCUGUCAGAGGAGGAGAAGAUUCAGCGCUACAGCAUCCUGUCGGAGCUAUAUGACUUGAUUGGUUUCCACCGCAAGUCGGCCUUCUUCAAGCGCGUUGCGGCCAUGCAGUGUGUCGCACCCACCAUCCCUGAGCCCGGCUGGAGGGCUUGUUACAAGCUACUGCUGGAAACUCUGCCUGGGUACAGUCUCUCUCUUGAUCCCAAGGACUUCAACAAAGGCACACACCGAGGCUGGGCUGCUGUACAGAUGCGUCUCCUACACGAGCUGGUGUACGCCUCCCGUCGCAUGGGCAACCCUGGCCUGUCUGUACGCCACCUGUCUUUCCUGCUGCAGACCAUGCUGGACUUCCUGUCUGAUCAAGAGAAGAAAGAAGUGACCCAGAGUCUGGAAAACUACACCUCUAAGUGUCCAGGUGGAAUGGAGGUCAUCACUCUUCCUGAUGGGCUGAAGCUUCCUCCGGUGCCAUUCACAAAGCUCCCUAUUGUCCGAUCAGUGAAGCUCCUCAAUCUGCCUGUCAGUCUGCGCCCCCACAAAGUGAAAGGCCUGCUGGGACAAAAUAUGUCCACCGCCAGCCCCUUCAUCUACUCGCCCAUCAUCAUGCACAACAGAGGAGAGGAGCGCUGCAAGAAGAUAGACUUCCAGUGGGUUCAAGGAGAUGUUUGUGAGGUGCAGCUCAUGGUCUACAACCCCAUGCCUUAUGAACUCCGCGUGGAGAACAUGGGUUUGCUGACCUCUGGUGUGGAGUUUGAAUCCCUGCCUGCUGCCUUGUCCCUGCCUGCAGAGUCUGGUCUGUACCCGGUCACCCUGGUGGGUGUCCCACGCACAGCAGGCAACAUCACUGUCAAUGGUUACCACACUUCAGUAUUUGGUGUGACCAGUGACUGUCUGCUGGAGAGCCUGCCUGGUGUGAAGACCGGUGGCUGUUUGGUGGAGGUCAUUCCCUCCCUACCUCGUCUGCAGCUCAGCACCUCACUACCAAGGUCAGCCCACACCCCUCAGCCCAUGUCCAAAGAGGAGCUGUCCAGCACUGUGUCUGUCCAGCUUUUUAAUGGAGAAACCCAGCAGCUGACCAUCACUUUGGAGAACAUAGGCACAGAGGACAUAGAAACUCUGGAGCUUACCUCCAAGACCGUCACCACCAAAGAGAAAGUGUUUGGGGAGUUUCUGAGCUGGGAGCUGGAGGAGGCGUUGUCUCACCUGCCUCUGAAGCCUGGCCAGUCUGUGACACUCACUGUUAACAUCAAAGUCAAACUGGACUUCUCUGGACAGGAGAACCUGCUCCAGGACCUCAACGAUGAUGGGAUCAGUGUGACAGGCUUGCCGAUCUCCAGUCCACUGCGCCAAGUCCUCAAACCCCGGGCUGAGACCAAGCCUGUCAGCAGUGAGUCCGGCAAGGCAGAGUACAACCACAUCAAGACUUUGGAAGCAGUGCUAAACUUCAAGUACUCCGGUGGAGCAGGCAAAGUCGAGGGCUACUAUAGGGAUCUUUCUCUGGGAGUCCAUGUUGACGUGGAACCCUCUGUGUUCUUCACCAGGGUCAGCACCCUCCCUGCAACCAGCACACGCCAGUGUCAUCUACUGCUGGACAUCUUCAACUCCACGGAGCAUGAGCUCACGGUCAAUGCCAAGAACAACCAGGACCUGGUGCUGCACGCCAGCGAGUGCCAGAGGAUGGCGAUCCAGGUGGAUAAAUUUGACUUUGAGAGCCUGCCCCCGCCAGACCAGGAAACAGUCCGCUUCGCCAAUCCCAAGCAGCUGGAGGAGGAGCGACAGCACGCCCAGGGCUGCCAGAUCAACAGCAAGCUGGGCAUCUGCUGGAGCAUCCCUUCUCUGCGGCGCCAUGGGGAGGCCAGUGUGGAAGGAGUCCUCAACCAGCUGGUUCUUGAGCACCUACAGCUGGCUCCUCUGCAGUGGGACGUGGUGGUGAACGGGAAGCCAUGCGACUGCGACGUUAUCGCUGACUGCAAAGUGGGCGACGCAGUGACCCUGGAAAUCAAGUUGACCAAUCUGAGCAAGAACGCCGUGGGUCCCUUCGCCCUGACCGUGGUGCCCUACCAGGACUACCAGAACGGAGUCCAGAACUACGACCUGCAGGACGGCGUCACCUUCAUCGGGUCGAAUACGUUCUACAUUGACGCGGUUAAACCCAAAGAAAACUCCGUCUGUGUCGGGGCCCUGCUCUUCCUCUACACUGGAGAUUUCUACCUUAACAUCAAGUUUCAGGAUGACAGUGCUGGAAGGGAGCUGCCCUUAGCCUGGUUUGCCCUGCCCAGUGUCCACAUCAAAGCCCAGGACACACCGCUGCAGGCCGGGGCCUAGGGCCCUCCAGGGGCCCUCCGGGGCCUCCCGGCACAAACAAAUUGGAUCUGGAUGAAGCAUUGAGGUUAUUUCUUGGUCUUUAGUCUGUGUAAAUACGUUAGCCUUUUGAAUUGAAUCACAUGUAAAUAUUGCCUAUCACUUUGUUUAAUGUUAUUUAUGUAAUUUGAAUGUUGAAGUAUAGUGUGUACAGUAGAGCAUAAGGAGAACCUUCUUUAUAAUACAUCUGCAUGCUUUGUUGCAGGUGUAUUAUAGUGUUUGUUGCAGGUGUACCAGUGUAGCACCAAUUCAUUUUUUUUUUUUUUUUUUUUUUGGUAAAUAGCUGUUCUUGAUUUUUGAAAAACAGUGCCAUUGUUCUGUUCUGUUACUGUGUAUGUCAAAUAACUGUGUAAAACAGAAACAAAGAAAAAAUGUAUCAAAAACAGUCUGCACAGCCAACGAAGGCCUCCUGAAGUUGACUGUCUUGGUCUGACGUUAUCAUUAUGUAUGUCAUAUAACUUGUGUAAAUAAAUGAUACAAAUCAACCUGUG